AUGUCUACUACUGAGUGUGCCACAGCUAGUAAUGUUAUCGGUAAUUCACCACAAAGACCUCUAUUACCACCACCGCCUCCACCAGCACAAAGACAGGGCAGUGUAUCACGGGACGGUUGGACCUGUCCAAUAUGUACAUUUGUGAAUCCACCAACUCGUCCAGGAUGUGAAAUGUGUUCUGCUGAUAGACCUGAAGAUUUUCAAAUCCCUGACGACUACGUGCCGAUGGGACCCGAGAAAGACCGAUUACAGGAAGUAGCACUGCAUGAACAAUUGUUUGCGCAG